UAGUUAAUGUUAGGGAAACUAACACUCAUGUUGUUGAAUUAACACUGUAUUUUCAAUAUUUAACACUUGUACUGGAAAUCUUACACUUCUGAAUUUGCUGUGCAGUAGAACUAAACACAAGUUCAAAAUAUGAAAAUAAAUAAAAACACAAAAGUCAUUCUUCAAUAGUUUCAGUUUCCAGUUUCCAUGAUCACAUCCCAUCUGUGGAAUUAGUUUGGUCAAGAAAUUCUCUCAUUACUAAAUAUUCCACAGUCAACAACUCAGUCAUGAAGUUAUGAGCUACAUAAAUCUCAGAGCAUGGUCAACAGUCACAGAGGUAGUCAAUAUUCUGCAGAGUGAUGGUGCCAUACCUUCAAACUUCACAUGGGCUUCAGAUUAGCUUGGAAACAAUGUAUAGAGAACUUCAUGAAAUAGAUUUCUAUGACCGAGCAGCUGCAUAAACAUAAACAAGUUCUUAUGUGUACAUCUCCUACUUUCUGUUAACUAUUAGAUAAGAUUCAUUUUGUUAACCCUUAUUCCUCUUUAUAGGAGUUAAAAUGUUGGCUUCUAGGAACGUUGGAGGAUCUGGGCAGCCAGGAGCUGAAAUACUUCCACUGGUUCCUGCAGAACGCUGAUGAGUCUCUGGAUGGUUUUAAACCAAUCAAAAAGUGUCGACUGGAGACCGCAGACAGAUGUGACACAGUCGAUCUGAUGGUGCAAAUGUACAGCAGCAACACCAGAGAGGUCACUGAGAAGAUUUUGAUCAAGAUAGAACAGAUCCAAGCAGGAAAUGUUGAGUCUCCAGUUUUUCAGCAGGAAGAACAAACCUCUCCAGUUUCUCCAGAAGAGGAGAAGCUGACUAAGAUGUUCAAUGACUUUGUCAAAGUUUCAAAAAACAACCAAGACAACCUGAGCCAACUCUUGGAGGUCCUUGUAAAGGAGAAACUGCUGAUGGAGUCUGAGAGAACAGCAGUGCUUGAGAACCAAACCACUGUAAACAAAGCCUCAUGCAUUGUAGAAAUUAUAAUGGAAAAAGGAGAAGAAGUCCAAAAGGAGACCAUCAACCAUCUGCAAACCAUAGAACCAACAUUGAACCCCCUUCUGUCUGCUGAAAAUGACAGUGAACUUCUCAGGAUCAGAGCUAAUUUUGCAGAGCUGAUUUCAUCAAAAACCCUUAACCAGCUCAUUGAUGUGCUCCAAGCAGACGGUGUGUUCAGUUAUUCAGAGAAACAUAAAAUGCUUGUGGAGGAUCAAACCUUAGCAGAUAGAGCAAGAAACUUCAUUGACUGUGUGAGGGAAAAAGGAGAUGAAGCCUGGGAGAAGAUGUUGGACCAUCUAUCUGAUGCAGAUCGAACACUUUUCUGUAACUUGAGUUUAUCUUCUGCCAGAAUCACCCAGAGAGUGAUGAUAAAACUUAAAUCUGGUCUGAAGAAGAAGUUCCAGUCUGUGUUUGAGGGGAUUGCUAAAGCAGGAAGUCCAACCCUUCUGAACCAGAUCUACACAGAGCUCUACAUCACAGAGGGA